AUGGCCGGAAACGGUUCCAUCCUCAGCUACUGGUCCGCGGCGCCACAGCGCAAAGAUGCAAAUGCAUCGGGACCCUCCGGCGGAACACCAACACGGCGAAGCACCGACACCGCACAGCCUUCCGAACCGAAAGCCAUCUCCCCCUUCUCUCCUCCCCCCAAAGCCGGCGCUACGGCCACCUUUCACAUUUCGCCGAUGCCAUUACACAUAGCCCCGCCGCGGGGUUCCUCGACACUUUCCCGCGGAUCCAAGACCUCGCCCGAGUCCCUGCCGAGCUCCCCCGACUCCUUUCCACCGUCUCCAAUACAAUCACACAUACUGGCAAAAUCCAGGAAGGAGAACAUGCUAGGAUCGUCUCAAAAGCCACCUGCCAGUCUGGCCACGCACGAGAUUCGAGAUUCAGAUGACGAUUUGGACAGCGCCAGCGACGGUAGCGGCAACAGCGCCGAGUCAUUACAAGACGCCGUCCGCUUCAACGAGCCGUUCCGAGGUUUGUCCACAUCGGUGUCCUCAACGUCGCUACCGGCGGUGCGGACGGGGACGGGACGGGCCACGGCAACUGUGGCUGGGGCGCGAACGACAUCAGCGGCGUCCCGGGCGGCGUCCUCGUCGUCACCCAACGACAGUUCGUCAGCGCCGUCCAUGACAAAACGCCGAGCCGCUACAGCUAUCCUCACCUCCCCGCUGCCCUCACGGCGCACCAAGCAGGCCCGCGUCUUGCCGGCCAGAGCGAACCCGCCCAAGCACAAAUUCGACAUGAUGGCGUUGGUUCGCCAUGCCCAGCAAGAAGACGCCACCGAUGCUGCCACGCGCCGUGUCGAGGACCUCCUGGCCGAGACCGAAAGGCGGGCCAAACAGGAGAGAGAACUUGGGGAGAAUCGUCGCACGGUCUCUGGUGACGGCAAACUGCCGAGAGCGCCACUUCUUGACGGUCUGUUCGACAGCGCAGCCGGAAGCGCCAGCGGCACACCCGGCGGCAGCGUCAGUGGGGACGGUGGCGGCGAUAAUGGCGCCUUUGGUUCCUUCAACAGAGAUCGGCUCCGCAAAGCCCUCGAUCGUACCGAGGUGGCGGCCGUGUCGGAGUCGUGGUAUUUUUUCAAGGAGUAUUUUGUACCGUCGCCUGCCAAGCGACGGCCCUUCCCGCAAAAGGUAGCGUCCCCAGGGAGCCGUUGGGCGUUCUUGCGGGAUGCAACGAUGCGACAAGAUUUUUUUAUGAUGGGCGUGGUCCGGAAAGCGGUCUUGAGCGCAAACAAUGGUGCUAGUGGUGGGGGGGACCUGUCUGCAUCGCAGCAAACCGCGAGGGAGCCUCACCUUCCCGACGAACUGUUUCUAUGGAUUCUCAACGAAGCUUGUGUGGACCCACUACCUGCCCUCCGCGCCGAGUAUGCAGCCGUUUUGCGCUGCUGUCCCGAGCAGGUACGUCGUUUUGUCGAUGCUGAACGCCUGCUGCUCCUGUUCCAGAAGCUUGGACCGCGAUGGGAAAGUAUCGAUUUGUCUACGCGGCUUGAGCUGGUACCCACCAUCCACCGGCCUUACCCGGGACGUGACUGGUCCCCGCUACGUUCCCUCCUAAGCCUGGUGGCUGCGCUCGCCGACUGCUUGACCUUAGAGACUGUGUCUUGUGCUGUUAAGAUCCUGCUUCGGCUGGGCAUUGACCGUGUUGUGGAAGAGACCCCAGACCUUCUACAGGACUACCAGGAAGCCAUGCGCAGGCUUGUUGGCCGUGUGCCAUUGGCGGACUGGAACGACUUUUGCCACGAUACGGGAUCAUCCUUGUACAACAGCGUCCAGAAGCCGUCCUUGCGCUGGCAAGUCUUGGCCUGCAUGCCUCUGGACACGCCGGCCUGCCACGAUAUGCGGCGACGGUUGGCGUCUGUGCUGUUCUUUAACGACCCGGAACGAGCCCGACAGGACCCACGCCGCCAGAUUCAGUUGACCCAGGGCUUGGCCAAGUUGGCCGUUCGGGACGACCUCGUUUUGACGCCUGCCACCAACUUUGUCGACCUGACAGCCCUCGUGGACAUGCUCAGCGUGUUUUUAGAUGACGUGGGCCGAGAGGCGCUGUUACAGCAAGCCGCUGUGUUAAGCAGUUCGGCGAAGCCCAAGGACGAGGUCGCUGCUGCUGCCGUCCGCGCCUUUGACGCCGACAUUGACAGCCUCGUCCGGCGGCUGAAGGUGAUUGGCCACGGCAUCGAGUCCACAGGCGGCGGCCACAUUGCACAACUCGACAGCAAGACCGCCUUUGAGCGGCUGCAGAUCCGAUUGACACACUCUGUGCGAACACGGCCACGCGGAAGAAAGAGCAUCUUUGACGGACCUGGCUCUGCAAAAGCGAUCGGUGGAGGUGCCGACGCGGAUGACGAUGCGAGAGGCAUCCAGCAGAAGCAACAGGACAUCCGCAACUUCUUUAUGCAAAGGUUGGGCAAGAAAAUGGCCAAGUCAUGA